CGUGCUCGCUCCUUCGUGCUAGCGCCAUUAGCUGCACUUAAGUCAGUCAAAACAUGUCGCGCACGCCCUGUCGUACACAAACACAUAGCGUGGAGCAGAGAGGGCGGAACUGGUUGCCCCCCCCGCCCUUUUAGCUCCCAGUUGACCAGUGUGCCCGGACAGUCUCCAGAAGACUUUGCAUCAGGAUGGGGUGGUCGCCGCUGGUGGUGCUUGUCAUCACGGCUUUGCUGAGCAUGCGCACGCGCCAGCAGAUGCAAGUCCAGCACAUGCAAGUCCAGCCGACUGAUCAAAGUGUCCUGGAGCAAACCGCCGUCCAGAACCUUUCGGAAGCAUCCACCGGCCGCUACGACGCCACUGUUUGGGGUGCAGACACGCCCGAGGCAGGAAAGGAAAGAGAGAGCCUGUCGGAAGAGCAGCUGAUUCGAGUCCAUGACGAACUUGAGAAGGAAACCUUCAUCGCUGAAAAUGACGAGAGCUUUCAGGAAGUGGAGGACUCCGAGCCGCUCGGCGCCGCUUGUCGCGUCGAUGACUUGGCAGAGUUGAGCGCGGCCGUCUGCACUUCGCCCUUUGAGCAGCAGAUGGCGUCGUUGGAGGAGGACGCGCGCUGCGUGCUGGACCGCGUCAUCGGCGCCUACAACCAACUGAGCGUGUGCCUGGAGAGCCUGUCCCACUGGUGCGGCUGCUACUACCCCAACGGCGCCGUCCACACGGCUUUCCUGCGCGUCCACUCGGCCUUCUUCGGUCGCUGCCGACCCCGGGCCCCGGAGCGGCAGCCGGAGGACGCGCCCCGCCUCCUGGUGCUCUGCCUCACGCUGGCGCCCGUCGCCCUGGUCCCGCUGCUAGUCUCCGCCGCCGCGGCCCGGUGCCGACCGAUGACCGCCGGGAGCCAAUAAAAAACAAAAAAACAGCAAAAAAAAAACAACAACCUGAUUUGCAAUUGGUUUUGGCGAGUGACAUUUGAUUGGCCACUUUCGAUCAGCGGUGGUGGUGGCGGCUUUUGGACUUGCAUUUUGGGGCGGUCAUUUUUGACCUCGUGAUGCUCUUAUGUGGCCUUUGGUUUUCUAGUGAUUGCUCAGAAAAGCUCGGUGGGAUCCAUGGUUUUAUUGCCGAGACCAUUUCCUUUCACGCCACGGCGCCCUGCCCCUCUGACAUCUGCGACGUGGACCUGCUGAACUUGGAGCCCGAUGGGCGCUCUUGUCGGGCCUUGGCGCAAAGAAGCGCUUUGGCGUUCCGGCGGAACCUCUCGCCCACAAAGGCAUAGAGGAGCGGGUUGAUGGCGCAGUGCAGCAGCGCCAGGCCGUUGCUGAGGACCAGCGCGGCGCUGACCGAACGUCGCACCCCGCAGUCGAAGGCCGCCGGGUGGGCUCUCAGCAGCGUGUCAGCCAUCAUGGCCAGGUGGUACGGCGUCCAGCACAGCAGGAAGGCCGCCACCACGGCCGUGAUGACCCGCAUAGCGCGGUGCUUGUGGAAGCCCCGCGUGCGCAGCAGCCGCGCCACCGUCACGCCGUAGCAGGCCAGCAUGACGCCCAGCGGCAGCAGGAAGCCCAAAAGGUGGCGCAGGGUGCGCGUGGCCACCCUCCAGGCCGAGGCGCUGCCCACGUCAAAGCUCUCGGCGCAGACCGUCCGGCGCGGGUCGGGCCCAGCCGCCUCAUUGAAGAGCGCCGGCAGCGCCAGGACGGCGCCCAGCGCCCACACGGCGCCGCACGCCAGCCGGCCGCACCUCCUCCGCGAGCGCCCCGCCGCCCGCUCGGCCCGCACGAUGACCAGGUAACGGUCGACGCUGAUGCAGGCCAGGAACAGCACGCUGGUGUAGAAGUUGGCUUCGAAGAUCAGGCUGAGCGCUUUGCAGGCGCCGUCGCCGAAGAUCCAGCCGUCGGCCGCCGCCGCCGCCGCUGCCCAGAAGGGGACGGUCAGUGCCAUCAGGCCGUCGGCCGCCGUCAGGUGGAAGAGGAACACGUCGGAGGAGGUCAGCGAGCCCCGGCCCCGCGCCAUCACCAGCGCCACCAGUAGAUUUCCGGGGACGGCCAACAGGAAGACGGCGGCCAGCAGCACGCACAGCGCCGCCGACAUGACCCGACCCGGCGGACGCGCUCGGCAGGAAAGCGUGUCGGGGUCGGCCACCCACACGGAAAGGUUGCUCCCCGGGCCGAGCGAGGUGUUGGCCGCGUCCAAGUAAUCGCCGUAAUCGAAGGGCACGAUGAUGGACAUGGCUGCGUGGGAAACGAGACACGUCAAUGGGACUUGACGAGGGUGACGACAAGCGAAGCAAAGCCAAGCGGGAAGUGGUCAGGCUUUGGCAAAUGACAGCAAUUGGCCCAAAGAACAGAGAAGAAAGCAGUUUGGAAUGCAGGCCAAUGUUUUGUCGGACACCUUUUGGCAUUUGCGUCUAAUGAUGCCAAAAGCAAGCCCGCCGGGAGAGACUCACCUGCUGACGGGUAGCCUGGAGACCCAAAACAAAGGCGGAACUCGACGCUCUUGCCCCCAGCGUCAGGCCUGUCCCAAUUUCCUGUUGCGAGGCAGUAGCAGCGCUUCCUCCUCGGAGAGCAGCCCACUUCCCGAGCGUCUCUUCCAACUUGCAGCAGCCGACUGACCGGCCGACCGGGGACAAUAAUUUGACCCCACCCCCCACCCCAGCCCCUGACAAAAAAGAGCGCAGCCGCUUUUGUUUAAGCUUGCUUUAUUUGAGCGCUGCACUUCAUUGGCGGAAGUGCAAGUCCCACAGCUCCACCUUCAUGAUGGCCCUGCCCAUGGGCGACAUGGUGACCUUGACGUCCAUCUUGCCGCUCUCGUAGUUCAGGCCGCAGCCGUUGGCCUUCUGCCGCACGAAGUUCUUCAGCUCCUUGGCUUCGUACAUCUCCUCGUAGAGCUUCUUGUCGGUCUCGCGCUCUUUGGGGAACACGCCCACCGCCACCCAGUUCUUGUAGAAGGUGUAGUCGUAGGGCACAGAGAACAUGAUGGCCAGCUUGGCCACGGCCGCCGCGCCCUCAAAGAUUUCGUAGGUGAGCACGCCCACCGCGCCCGAGGUGGCCGCGUCCGUCUUGUUGAAGUUGCACACUUCGGUGCACAUGGGCCGCACGGUGGGCUGCGGGGGACUGUGGCAGUCGCCGUUCUCCAUGUGCACCCUGUCGAGACAUGGGGGAAGGAGGGAGGGAGGGAGGGAGGUAGUAGCAGGCUGGCGCCUAUGUGCGUGGAUUUGGGACUGCUCGCGCCGGCCGACGUCUUACCGGGGGUGCCUGAGGACAAAGCCGCCAGUCAGGUUGCUGAUCUCGAUGGUCACGUUCCUGCGGCUCUUCUGGUUGGCCGACAAAGCUUCGGCGGACUCCAUGGACGACCUCUGAACAAGACCUACGUAUACUGACAAAAAGCGCAUUCAUUUUGCAACUGCCAUCACCAAAAUCCAUGCAGCCUUUUCGCUCGCCCAACCCCCAAAACGGGUUCAGCCAGUUCCGCCGCCGCCACGAUUGGUGCCAAACUGUCAAAUGGACCCAAUUGCGAUCUGGCCCUAUGCUGGCCAUCGGCAGAAAAUGAAGCGCGAGCUUCCGAGGCAAGCGGCGGUCCUGUGAGAGCCCCCUACCUCCCUCCCUCCUUCCACGGCCAGCCCUUCUCAAGCGCCACUUGCAAAAGCCGAUGGAGCGUUUGACAUAUGUCACACGCCGAGAGAGAAACUUUGAGAGGAACGAGCAGCCCGACCUCGGCUCGCUUGCUUACCUGGAAGGAGGACAGCACGGGCGCUGGCUGACUGAUUGACUGGGCACAAGUGGCAAGCACAAGACUCGGUGUCACUGCUGCGUUCUCCGCCGCCUGUGGGCGGGGCCGUCUCCGCCCGCCCGCCGGCGGGGCGGGGUCGGACCAAAUGUCGCACGCAGCCAGACAGGCUUUUGUCUUCGUGGACGGCCGAGCCGGUCGGACCGGCGUCGUCGGCGUUUGCCGGCUUUGGCAAGGCGACUGGACGGUUGACAUUCCUUGCCUCGGCGCACCUGCUCUGCCGCACCAAGGGCCGCGACCUCCUCAUUCCGUGUCUAUUGUGUGUGGAGGUGGCCUGUUGUAUUUGGCGUGGUGUUUUCCAAGCAGUGGGAAAGGCCGAGAGGGGGGGGGCGGAUGGUCGGGGAGCCCGCCGCCGGCUGACUGAGCAUGCGUGGAAAGAAUGCUCCUUUUGGCUUUCAUGUGUGUUCGCAUGCUUGGUGUGUGUUUAGUUUUCAUUGCGUUCACAUGCGUGCGUGUGCGUGCGUGCGUGCAUGUGUCGAGGUCUCAUGUCAGACGCAAGCUCGGAGGGCGCUUUCCAUCUAGCGUACAAUGCAGCUUUAGCAUCUUGUGCGUUAGAAGUUUCCGCAUGUGGCGUCGUGCGUUUGCACCUUUGGAAGGUUCGGAGCACGACCGUUUCUGCGGGUGUUUGACCCUUGACAGAAGAAAAGAGGCGGAGCUUUGCUUCGGGUGCCGGCCAGGCGGCGCUUUUUAUUGAAGUCACCCAAUGCCAUCCCGCGCCGUGCGAGGCGAGCGGCCCCUCAGACCCCCUUGUCGUGGAUCUCCAGCUUGAGGACGGCGCGGCCUUCGUCGGACAUGCAGGCUUCCACGUCCACUUGGCGGCCGCGGUGCUCUACGCCCGAGCCAUCGGCCCGGUGGCGCUUGAAGUUGCUUUCCUCCUUGGACUCGUACAUGAGCUCGUAGAGCUUGUGGUCGGUGGCCGUGGUCUUGGGGAACACGCCGACGCUCACCCAGUUCUUGUAGAAGGUGUAGUCGAAGGGCACGGAGAACAUGACGGCCACCAUUUCGUUGCAUUCCUUCUUGUGCAUGUGGAAGAGCUCGUAGGUGAGCACGCCCACGGCACCCGAGGCCGUGUUGUCAUCUUUGGUGAAGGAGCACACCUCUCCGCGGCCCACACGCACCGUGGGCUGCGGCGGGCUGUAGGAGAACCCGCUCUCCAUGUGCAACCUGCCACGACGACACACAGCGUCAAGCAAAGCGGCCAGCCCGAUGCGGUCGAUUCGCUGCUUACUUGGGGUUGUGGAGGCAGAACGCAGAGGUCAGAUUGAGGACCUCCACGGUGCAGUUGCGGUUGGUGGUCAGGUGCAUGGCGUGCGACUCGGCCGUCUCGGGCAUGCUGGCCUAAAACAAAUCACCUUUACCGUCGGCGGUGGUGCCACUCGCCGCGCAUUUACUCACUUUGGUCGGGGUCACGUGGCGGCGGCGACGACGGCAAUGGGGAAGAGCAAAGACGACUCGAGUCCCUCAGCGGGCGACAGGCUGCAAUGUCUGGCAAAAGCUGCCCGGCGUUUUGCGUGGAGACAAGGCGGAGGGAGGAAACGCCCUCGGACGCGCCUCAACCGGCUGGAAAAAGAAAGGCGCCAAACUUCCCAGACAGUCCUGAUUGUCCGUUGCAGUCUGUGCUUGUCGACAGUGAUGGAGGCCAAUCCAAACCAGACAGUGAUGGAGGUGCAGAGGACAGACUGGAUGAUGGCAGUGUAGAAGGUCUUCAGAAGCUUUCGCGGCAGGUUGAACUUCUUGAGCGGUCUCAGGAAGUACAGCCUCUGCUGGGCCUUCUUCCGGACAGAGUGUAUGUGGCCGGUCCAUUUCAGGUCCCGAGGGAUUGUGGUUCCCAGGAACUUGAAGGUGUCUGUGGAGAGAAUAGUAUUACUGCGGAUAGUGAGGGGUAAAAGUGGUGAAGGGUCUCGCCUGAAGUCCACUGUCAUCUCCACGGUCUUGAGCGGGUUCAGCUCCAGGUGGUUUUGGCUGCUCCAGUGAACCAGCCGCUCCACCUCUUGUCUGUACGCAGUCUCAUCACCGUCCUAGAUCAGUCCGAUGAGAGUGGUGUCGUCUGCAUACUUCAGGAGCUUCACAGGAGAGUUACCUGAGGAGAGAUCAUUGGUGUAGAGCAGUGCUUCUCAAUUAUUUUCUGUUACGCCCCCCCCUAGCAAGAAGAAAACUAUUCGCGCCCCCCCUCCCCACCGUGACUAUCCUAACUUGUCUUGUAAGUCGUAAAAUGUUGCACUGUCGCAAACGUGACAGAAGUAACAAUGAGAGCGCCACUGCCCCCUGCUGUAGUAAACGCGCAAUUACACUUUAUUCUAGUACUGCCAAAAAAAAAGCCUGUUCCCCAGGGUCACACGCGCCCCCCCAGGAAUAGCACCGCGCCCCCCAAGGGGGGCGCGCCCCACUAUUUGAGAAGCACUGGUGUAGAGAGAGAGUAUAGUGAGUGGAUAAAGCUUUUACCUUAUGUUUGGGGGAACUAGUGAUGUGCAUUCCAGUUCUUUUAAGUGAACCACAUCUUUGUAACCAGUUCACUCAAAAGAUUCGUUCAAACAAAUUGUUCAACGAAUCCCCCCCCCCCCCCACACACACACACACGGAUCCGUUUUUCUUUUUUUAUAAAAACUUAUAAAAAAAACUUUAAAAAACUUAAAUUUUGCGCAUUAUACAUGAAAAAAAACGGUAUUUCCUGAUUGAGGGGCCAGGGGUGUCAGGAUCCAGUCCUCGGGGGCCAAGGUGUGUUUAACAAGGGAAACUUGGAAAACAUGUAGGGAUCCGGCCCCCGAGGAAAGGAGUUUGACACCCCUGCGUGCACAUACGGACACAGCCAUGAGGGUGCCAAUUCGGACACAGACGAGUUUUCACUGACAAAUACAGUUGAACUAUUUCUGCAAGAUUCUGCUGCUAUCUCGUGAGAAACAAGCGUCACUACAGAUGACGACUGAUCUUUUUUUCCCGCUCAACUUUCUUUUUCUUUUUUCAAUUCAACCUUUUAUUCAAACAUUAGGUUUCCGCCCAACUUACUUGGUCAAUCAUUGUUGAAACAGAGUGACGUCAUUCACGGGGCAUGAGAAGUACAAUUUCCGGCAUCUGUUUAACAGUUCAAGAUAAUGGAUAAUUCAAAAUAAUGAGAUUGAAAAAUACAAGCCAAAAUGGCUAUAGGUUAAAAAUGGAAGUGCGGAAAAAAAGCUUUGGUAGUAGUCAGGGAUAGAAGGGCUACGAAUUGCUUUUCUAGCAAUAACUUGUAGCUUUGCUGCAAAUGUGUCCGCACAGUCUCUGCAACUGCGCCGCUAUUUGCGAUUUUGUUUUGAAGAGGGUUUUUUUCCAACGGAAGUGACGUCUCGUGACUUAGCCAAUUUGAAGUCGAAGUCCGGCCAGGCAGGACCUGCUGUUGGUUCCAUUCGGAGGCAAGACAGGCGAGAACAACCAAGCGAUGGCUCUAAAUGUCAAAACAUCGCGUGUUCUCCUCUUCCAUUGAUGUUAGCCUAUCUUCGGACUAAGCAGAUGUUAGCCGGCCGUUUUUAGCAUGCAGCAAGAGCAGCUCGUCAAGAGAUGUUGGGGGCCGGAAGCGGAUCAUUGCAGUUUCACACCGAAACGGGUCCGCUUGGAGGCGGGACUUAAAGACGGAGGUGGUCCAAUGGAAAUGCUUCCCGCUUUGUUUGGGAGUCAUCGCGAGGAGGAGAAUGUGGCGGGGCGUGUGGUGCAGCAGGUGUGCAGUUUCAGACCCGGAAGCACACCGCUCGCUUGCCCCAGAUGUCUCGCAGGCGAGCCGGUACCGCACCAGAACCGCGACAUGCACGCGUGUGACAAUACAAGAACACACAUUUGUCAUUCCAUGUCGAUGUCACACACACAUCUUUGGCUGCCUCAAUUGUUUUGACUUGUUUGAAUGCGCUUGGGCUAAGCCACACGUAGGUGAUGACAUCAUUGUGUCUUUCAGGGUCACAUCAACCACAUGAUGCCCGCAGGAGGUGGGGUUUCCACUAACCCCUGCAGCUGACUGCUCGAGUUGAUGACAAGAAUGAAGAACCAGAAAAUGGAUAAAGCUGUUUCCUUGGGCUGAGCCCAUUCCAUCCCCGGCCCAACUUGUUGCCUGGCGCCCCCGUCGACUUGGAAUGCACUGACUCUUUUGAUAUCACUCCCUCUACACUGACAAGAAAACUUUAUGUACAAUUUGCCAAAAUGAAACAAUCAGAAAUCAAGUAGGACUUUUAUUCAGCGAACCUCCUGACGUACAUUUUGACUUUGAAUCAGGGGCUAAUUAAAAAGAAAAAAAAAAAAACAUCUGUUAACCUA